AUUUAUAUUUAUACACUCUCUGUCUCUGGACUCUCAGAACACAAAUAGAGCGGUAGAAAGAGAAACAGAGAGCAACCCAUCUCUUCAAUUAUUGCUCUCUUCAGACCCAUUUGCCACUGAAUCAAUUUCGAGCUCUCCUCCUCUUCCAUACAGUAAAUUAAAGUUUGUUGUGUUGGGGGGCAAAGUUAUAAUGGCUGUUACUAUGAAACUAAUGUCCCUGACAGUUGCAACUUGUGGUGUGAUCUCCUUUAUACUUGGAGUUGUUGCUGAGAAUAAGAAGCCAGCAACUGGAACUCAGAUAAUAGGGAAAAGUUCUGUUACCUGCAAGUAUCCAUCAGAUCCAACUGUCGUUUUGGGGUAUUUGUCUGUUGCAUUUCUCAUUGCAACCACUGUGGCUGGGUAUUUGUCUCUGUUCUACCCUUACAAAGGAAAAUCUGUUCCUCAGGGUGCUAUGUUUAGAAGCACUAGUUUUGUUGUAUUCUUCAACAUUGCUUUGUUUACUACUGGAUUAGCCGCAGCACUGCUGUUAUGGCCAACAAUCACAGAGCAGAUUCACCAAGUGCGCAAUGUGUAUAGCAGUCUCGAUACUGAAUGCCCGACUGCCAAGACUGGCCUCCUUGGUGGUGGUGCCUUUUUAUCCCUUGAUUCAUCCCUCUUCUGGUUGGUUUGCCUUAUGUUAGCUGCCAAUGCUCGAGAGGACUACUUGGAUGAAACAGGAAAGGAUGGUGAAGGUGAACAAGGUCAGGUUUUCGUAGGUGAUUAUAAUGCACCUUUACCUGCAAAGGGCAGUGUCUAAAGUAUUGUGUAACCGAGGCUUUGCCAUUUCCUACAUAUAUAACUAUCAGUGUCAUUGAACAAAUUAAUGGGAUUGCAGUUUGAUUGUAAAUAAUAAUCACGAUGGUUCUACUCUUUUUUAUGCUCUCUCUUCAAUUGUGGAUUGGAUUUUACUUUGUAGAACAUACAAUUGUUAUAAGGUGGAAUCUUUAUUGUUUCUUCU